AUGCCUUCCACUCCUCGCCAAUUCGUCCUCCCUGACUUGUUCCCCCUUGUCCCCUUCAAGGGCUCAACCAACCCACACUACGUCAAGGCUGCCGCCGAAUCCUCCGCCUGGAUUAACAGCUACAACGUCUUCACAGACAGGAAACGCGCCUUCUUUAUCCAAGGCAGCAAUGAGCUUCUCGUCUCUCACACCUACCCUUACGCUGGCUACGAACAAUUCCGCACGUGCUGCGACUUUGUCAAUUUGCUCUUCGUCGUCGACGAGGUCAGCGACGAGCAGAACGGCAAGGACGCGCGCCACACUGGCAAUGUGUACCUGAAAGCCAUGCGUGACCCCGAGUGGAACGACGGCUCCGUGCUCGCUAAAAUGACCAAAGAAUUCAGGGCACGUCUCCUGCAGUAUGCGGGGCCGGGCUGCUAUGCCCGCUUCCUGAAACACUGCGAGGACUACGUCGAAGCUGUCGCCAAGGAGGCCGAGUAUCGCGAGUGUGGCGUCGUCCUUGAUAUGGCGUCCUUUGAAACGCUCCGCCGUGAGAAUAGCGCCAUCCGGCUCUGCUUCGGCCUAUUUGAAUAUUGUCUCGGUGUUGAUCUUCCGGAGUACGUCUUCGAAGACCCGACCUUCAUGACGCUGUACUGGGCUGCUGCCGACAUGGUCUGCUGGUCAAAUGACGUCUACUCGUAUAACAUGGAGCAAGCCAAGGGCAUCGGCGGUAACAACAUUGUAACCGUGCUCAUGCAAGCGAAAGGCAUCGAUGUGCAGGCAGCCUGCGACGCCGUCGGCGAACACUGCAAACUUCUCAUGGAGCGCUACUUAGACGCCAAAGAGAAGCUGCCGAGCUGGGGCCCGUCUGUUGAUGAUGCGGUCGCGGGCUACGUGCAGGCGAUGGAGCAUUGGAUCAUUGGAAACCUGGAGUGGAGCUUUGAGACACAGCGAUACUUCGGCGCCGUUCACGCGGAGGUCAAAGCCACUCGUGUCGUUAUGCUACGCCCCCGGGAGAUAGACGAGGAUUAA